AUGAUGAAUAUUAAAACAUCUUAUAAAGAAGCCGUUCAACUUUGCUAUGUUAAAUGUUUGAAUGAUCCUGAAAAUGAUCCAUAUAAAUCAAAAUAUGAAGUAAAGAAAAUUUUUGAUGAUAUUAAAGACCAACUAUUACUUAGUGGUGAACAAACAGUGUCCGAUGAUGAUAAUCCUCUAACCAAUGAAUUUUAUGAUCUAGAUAUUAUCUAUGAUAAAACAACAAAUAUGCCUAGAACAUUUGUGAUGAAAGACAACGUGACAAAAUCUGAAACCAAUAUUUCAGCAUUAACAUUAGUUAAAUACAAUUAUUUAAUUCGUCUAUUACUUGACUAUCAUAUUGCAACGAUUUACAAUGAUACAGAGGAAAAAACUGAAGGAGAAAAAUAUUUAAAAUAUUUAUUAGGAAAUAUUGAAAAUGUUCAGCUUCAUCUAUAUUUUUAUUCAUUAAAUUUACAUGUUUUAAAUCAAUUAAUAUUAAUUCAAGCAUCAUACGAUAAAUAUGACCAAGCAAUUUUAUAUGCUAGCCAAGCAGAACAACUUUAUAAACAGUGGAUGAUCCAUAAUGAAACAAAAUUUCCUUUACAAUUAAAAGAAUUAAUAGAAACAUCAAUAAAUGAUUCUAUCUCUGAGAACAAACGUUGUCGUGAAUUUAAAUUGGCUUAUACACAUACACUAUACUAUUUAGCUCAAGUUUAUGCAAAAUUAAAUGAAAAAGAACAGUCAGCGAAGUAUUGUCAAUGA